AGGUUACAUAUGCCAACGUGAUUGUACCAUUGGCUGAAUUGGAAGCACAACAAUUCCCAUUGGUACAGUCCUGUGUCUUCCCAAAAUUGGUAUCCACUUUGGAAGAUGCGCGGAAAGCAAGUGCUGAUGCGGAGCGGAGAAUAGAUGCUCAUGUUUCCAUGUGCAGUAAACGUGAAGAUGUGUAUCGUGUCGUCAAAGCUUUUGCAGCCAAGGGAGAAUGGGUGAACCCUGAAGCUAAACGUUAUACUCAGUUCCUGGUUAGAGACUUUGAGCGCAAUGGAUUGAACCUUACCUUAACCAAGAGAGAAGAAUUGCAGCGAUUGAGGACUCAAAUAGAUGAGCUAAGUAUGCGAUAUAUCCGGAAUUUGAAUGAUGAUAGUACGUUUCUUCUCUUUGGUCAGAUGGAGCUAGUUGGGCUACCACCAGAAUUCCUAAAGAGUUUGGACGAAGCUGAAAAUGGUAAAUUGAAAGUCAUGCUGAGAAGUCAUCAUGUUUCACCAGUAUUAGAGCUCUGUAAGGUAGGACUGACCAGGAGGCUUGUGGCUGUGGCUUAUGGGAGGAGAUGUGAAAUCAAUCUUACUGUCCUAGAAAAACUGGUUCAAUUGCGUCAUAAACUAGCAAGAUUGCUUGGCUACUCAAACUAUGCUGACUAUGUUGCUGAUCUUAGAAUGGCAAACUCAUCCUCAAAGGUAUUUGAGUUCUUAGAAGACAUCUCUGUCAGUUUAACUGAUUUGGCCUCUAGAGAACUUGCUAUGUUAAAAGAGUUAAAGAAGAAAGAGGAAGGAGAAUCUAACUUUGGAGUGGAGGAUCUACCAUACUAUGUGAAGAGGGUGCAAGAACAGCAGUUUGAUCUGGACUUUGGAGUUGUUAAACAGUACUUUCCUGUCAAUUUGGUUUUGUCAGGGAUCUUCAAAAUAUGUCAAGACCUUUUUGGCUUAAGAUUUGAAGAAAUUUCAGAUGCUGAGGUUUGGCAUUGUGAUGUUCAACUAUUUUCAGUUUUAGACUUACGUUCUAGUGAACUUUUGGGUUAUUUCUACCUUGAUAUGUACUCUAGGGCAGGAAAAUACGACCACACCUGUGUUGUAGCUCUACAAAAUGGUUCAUUGAAUAAUGGUGCAAAACAGAUUCCUGUGGCAUUACUCAUUUCUCAAUGUCGAAAGGAAGUUGGAGGGCAUCCUGAGUUAUUGCGAUUCUCUGAACUGGUUAAUCUUUUCCAUGAGUUUGGUCAUGUGGUUCAUCAUAUUUGCAGUCAUGCAUCAUUUGCUAGAUUUUCUGGACUGCGUCUGGAUCCUGAUUUUGUGGAGAUACCGGCCCAGGUGAUGGAAAAUUGGUGUUACGAAAGCGUCUCUUUGAAGUUGAUAUCUGGUUUCCAUCAGGAUAUCACAAAGCCCAUCAAGGAUGACAUAUGCAAAUCUCUAAAGAGAUGGCGGUGUUCCUUUUCAGCGCUUAAAUUGAAGCAAGAAAUUCUUUACUGUCUCUUUGAUCAGAUCAUACAUUCAACUGAAAAUAUUGACAUUGUUGGGUUAUUCAAGCAUCUCCAUCCAAAGGUGAUGUUAGGAUUGCCAAUGUUAGAAGGAUCCAACCCAGCUUCCUGUUUCCUGCGUAGUGCUAUUGGCUAUGAAGCUGCUUGCUACAGUCGCAUUUGGAGUGAGGUUUUUGCGGCCGAUAUAUUUGCCUUGAAGUUUGGUGGUGAUCUUUCCAACCAAUAUGCAGGCUUGGAAUUCAGGAAUAAGGUAUUAGCUCCAGGAGGAACAAGAGAUCCUGUUGAAAUAUUGUAUGAUUUUCUUGGAAGGGAACCAUCGAUCCAAGCUUUUGUCGACAGCAAAACUGGUUUUAGGUAGUGUUUUGGUUGUUACCGCAGAGUGAUUUUCUCACUGCAUCCUGCAUUUUUUUUAAACCAUUGGAAAAUUUCCAGUAACUUAUUCUCUUCAGGAACUCUCGUUGUGCCAACAAUGAUGGGUACCAACUAGUGCUUAUCAGUGUAAUAGAGUAAUUUUUUUAAUUAGAAUCUGUAUAAUCGUACUGAUACUACCCCAG